ACAUAAUCACAUAGUAAUUUUACUAAAAUUGCUAAUAUUAAAUAUAUGUAAAUAAUAAUUCACUUAUAUAAUUGUUAUUACAAAAUACUAAAAACAAAUAAAAAUAUUACAUUUAUGACAUUAAAAAUUCAAAGAUAACAAAAAUUAUCUACUGAAAUGAAAAGAAAUUUCAGAAAAAAUUUGAAAAAACAUCAUAAGUUAAAAAGAUAUGGAACGACAUCUAUACCAUCGACAGGAAACGAUGUCGCCAGAGCAACAUUUUUUAACAACAACAGCCAUAAACAAUGGUAUAAUUGUUGGUGGCGACAACAAUCCUAUUAUAUUAUCAGCGAUGACGAAGAUAAUAACGACGACAGCUACGACAGCGUCGACGGCAAUGACUUCUCCAACAACAACAACAACAGCAACUCGAACAUUAUCAUUGCCAAUAACAAAUUUAUUAUAUCAAAACAACGAUGUCGAAAUAAAUCAUUCAAAAAAUACAAUAAUAAAGAAUACAUCAAAUACAUCAAUUCCAAUAACUACUAUUACAACAACAGCGCCAACAUCAACAACAAAUACAUCAAUAGAAACGACAUCAGUUACUGUAACAAAUUUAAAUGCAUCAAUACCUGCAUCAACAAAAUGUAUAUCAGGAAUAUCAGAUAUAAAUAUAAGAAAAUCUAUAAUAAAUUCAAAUACAAAAUUACAUCCACCUGACGUUGAAACUGCUUUAUCAUCAAUGUUAUGGACACCUUAUGAACGUACACCGACCGAUACAAGUUCCUCAUCUGAUGAAGACGAACAACAGCCACAACAACAAACACAAUCGACAUUUCAUACAAUAUCAACACAUGACUUGCAACACCAACAACAAUUACAAUCAAAUCUUCAUCAAAAUCAUCAUCAUCAACAACAACAGCAACAAUUGCAACAGCAUCAGACAACACUACAGCAACAUCAAAUGUUACGUAAGUCGAAAAGUUGUCAUGAUGCUAUAUUAUUUUCUUCAACGUUAGGACAACCAUUACAAUAUUUAAAUUUCAUUUAUAAUAAUCAAUGUUAUAAUAAUUCUUCAACAACAAUUGGAUUAUUAUCAAAUGAACAAGAACAACAAUCACAAUUAUAUACAAUUAAUGCAACUGCUACACAACAACAGCAACAACAACUAAAUCAACCACAAAAUUCAAAAAGUAAUGCUUUGAAUCACCAUAAUGUGCCUUCAAUUUAUAAUAAUCGAAAUACUAAUGUGAAAUCAAUAACUUUUGAUUCAAUACAACAACAGCAAAAUAACUCUUCAAACAUUUCUAAUAAUAGUAAUAAUAACAAUAAUUUCAAUAUUAAUAACAGUAACAGUAACAUACAAACAAAUAAUAUUCAAUCUAUAACUGUAAAUAAUAAUUCUAAUAAUAUAAACAGUAAUCGUUUUAGUUAUCCUUGUUACGGUUAUAUUCCUAGUGUAGUACAACAUCAACAAUAUCAACAGCAACAACAACAAAAUAGAGAACCGCCACCAUAUGAAUCACUAUAUCAAACAGAUACAAUUACAACAGCAUUAGAUAAUAAUCAACAACAUUAUUACAAUAAUGAUUAUAAUCAACAACAACAAAAUCAUAAUCAAAUAACAUAUGCAGAAGACGAAUUCCAACAACAACUUAAUAACGAAAGUAAUAGCUGUAAUAAUGAAGUUGAUAAUUCAAAUGCAAAUACAGGAUUAACGGUAUUAUUUGGUACUAAAAGAAAACCAGUUGUUAUAAGUAAUUUAAUACAACAAACUUUAUCUGCUGCCAAGAAUCGUAAUAAAAAUAAUCGUAAUAGACAGGAAGCACGAAAUAAUUAUGAACAACAACAACAGCAAGAACAACAAUUACACGAAAGAGUACAACAAAAUAAUUAUUGUGAUAAUAGUAAUAAUAAUAAUAAUAAUGCAUCAGUUUUACAUAUAGAAACGAGAGCAGUAACACCAACACCACUUACACCAGAAACAACAGCAGUAACGAUGAUAACAACACAUGGAAUAUCAGAAACAGGAAUGAUGAGAGGGAAAAUGCCUCAUUCCAUUACUGCUGACAGUUUUAUUACGCAUCAGAUAAAAAACAAGCAUGAAGAACAACAAAAAUACUCACUGCCAAUAAUCCUACAAUCAAACAAUAUUCACUUUAAUAAUAGCCCACAAAAACAAAUAAAUUUCUCAAAGAGUAAUUUUUUAACAAAUAAUAAUAGUCAUAAUGAUAACGAUUCUAUGUUAGAAACUAAAAUACCAAUUACAAAUGUAAACACAACAUCAUUGUCAAAAACUUUUACGAGACAUGCCAAUUCAAACGUUUCUCCAACUAAUAAUAUCAAAGAAAUAGCAUCGUCAAGUCAUCAAACCGAAAAUGAAAUAAAUAUGAAUGGAAAGUACAAUAAUUUUUCUAUAUCUGAAACUAAUAAUUAUGAGAAUGACAGUGAUAAUGAUGAUCAAAAUGAUUACUUAGCUAUUAAAGAAAAUUUCGUUUACGAAAAUAUCAAAGGAAUAAAAGAAAAAUCUACGCAGUUCCAUAAAACUAAUGUAAAUACUUUAAGAAAUUAUAAUAGUGAUAUUACAGUUCAACUAAUAAAUACUAACCAUAACGAAAAUAUAAAUAAUAACAAAUGUAAUGUGAAUAAAAUUCAAAAUCAAAGCAGAAAUGAUCCUAAUCUUCAAGUUUCUCAGCAUCAAUCUAAACAACAGCAAAAAGAGCUUCAGUACCAGUUAAACAACUUUAAUAUAGCUAACGACAGCUACAAAAUUUUUUCAGGUGAUUCCGAAGUAUCAGAAGAAGAAAAAACCAAUAUUUAUGCAAAAACGAAAACUAAACAUAACAAUGAUGAGUCACAGCUACAGAGAGAAUGCCUUGAAAAGCAACAACUUCAAAAUAUAUACGAAAAUUACAAUAAACUUUUACAACAAAAAGAUAUUACUAUAGAAAAUCAAAACACAUUAGCAACAAUAAAAUUAAAUCACAAUAAACAUGUUUUAACAAGCACCAUUUCCGACAAGAUCGCUAAAAACAAUGAUAGUAGAAAUGAACAAAAAACGAACCACAAUGAAAAAGAGAGCUUGCUGCAAUGUAAACUACAAAAAGAAAAACCUCAAAAUAGUAAUAACAAAAAUGAAGAAACAAAACCAGAAAAAAGAAAGGUCAGUAAACCUAUUUGCAGUCAGAGCAACAACAUGAAAUCGAAUGGUAAUGAUCGGAAUGAUUUUAGUUAUACAAAUGAGAGUUUAAAAACCACAAUUAUAAGUUCUGCUACGAGUAAAACAAAAGCAAGAGAAAUAAUAUUGUCGCCAGAGCAAUAUUUUGAAUCAGUUGAAAGGAGAACCUUAAAUAAAAAUAGGGGAAAUUCAGCAACAAAUGUUGCCACCUCUACACUUGCAACACCACAAAUGUAUGAUUAUAAUUGUAGUACAAUUUUUGUUGAACGCGCAUCUCAAACUGAUUUAACGGUUAGUACGAGGAGAGAUUUUAAAACGGACGGUCCUAAGAACGUUGAAUUAACGCGUGUUUCAUCAAAUUUACAACAACAAUUGGAACUAAUAAAUGAAUUUGAUACGGUAAAACGUAAUCGUGGUAAUAAUAUAUUAUCAAUAGAAACGGUACGUGAUUUAUCGUCGUCGUUAAAAAUUUUGUUUAAUCAGUCUCAGCAAAUUAAACGGUUUUUCGGUAAAAACAAAAAUCGGUUACUACAAUCGACUGAAACAUCUAUUGGUGCUUAUAAUACUCAUCAUAAUGAUAAUUGUGAUUCAACAUUAAAUAGAAAUUAUUAUGAUAAUUAUUCUUCAUCACAAAAUUCCAGUUUAGCACAUAACAGUAAUAUUAAAAAUAUUAAUAACGAUAGUGGUUUUAAUAAUUCCGUAAUUUCAUCAAUUCCUUAUUUACGAUCGAUUGAAUUUCAAUUUGGUGAAAGUAAUAUUCGAAACUCGUUCCAAUUUAAUACUAACUGCAACACUAAUAGUGGUAACAGCAGCAGUAGUAGUAGUAGUAAUAGUGGUAGUAGUGGCAAUAGUUACAACAAUAAUAUUAUAAAUCAAAAUUUAUUUAUAAAAAAUUAUGAAAGUGAUGAUAGUGAUGAUGAUGAAGAAUGUGAUUUUAAUGAUAAUAAAAGAAAUAAUUUAAAUAAAAGUUGUGUUAGAUUUAAUGACGAACAAAAUUCUUUUACAAAAACCUCUCGAGUGUUGUUGGAUCAAACAACAAUGCGUUUAAACAUACCAGCUUCGAAUCCUUUGAUAACAACAUCUUCCGAUUCUGGUUUCGAUAAUAGUAAUCAUAAUUUAACAGCAGGAAUUAUUAAUGGAUUUAAUACUCAAACUUCAAUUGGAAUUAAUAAUUUAAGUAGUAGUAAUUUACUAUCAACAACAAAUGAACUAAAUCGUAAUACAAUAGAACCCCAAAUUGAUAACGUUGGUGUUUCAUCAUCAACCACAUUAGGUCUACAAGUUAAUCAACAGCCAAUAUCGCAAGGAAUUAAUAAUUUUAACAAUAAUAUUAACAAUAGUAACUGCACUACUACAAAUCUAUUUUUACCAAAUAUUAGUAAUAACUCAACAAAAAUAGCGCCAACACUGAUUAAUAAUGGUGCCAUAUAUUCAUCUAAUACAACAACACCAUCAUCAACUCAACUUUCAACAGUAGCUUCAACAGAACCGAGUUUAACAAUUCAAGUCAAUCAAGUAGCUGGAAUUAAUACCAUUCUUCAAACAAACGUAAGAGAACCUCCUCAAAUUUUUGGAGCUUCUAAUAACCAAAUUUUAUCUAAUUUUAAUAAUUUGCCGAUAAAAAAACUACCGUUACCAAGUGACAAUAUUAUAAAAAAUAAUUGCAGUUUAACCACAAUAAUUAAUUCUGGAACAACAAUUUCACAAAAUGUAGCUACUGGUUCAAAUAUAACAAGCAUUCCAUCUAAUAGUGGGAUUUCUGUUGUUAAUUGUUAUAGUAAUAAUAGUAGUUCAGUGCCUAAUUCAAUUUCAAAUAUUAAUUCUGUAAAUAAUUUAAAUAAUAAAAAUAUUAGUAAUAGUUCAUGUCAAAUCAAUAGUAUUUGUGCUAUUUCUGGUAGUGAUAAUAAUAAUUAUAUUGGAAGUGGUAUAAAUAGUUAUAAUAAUAAUACUAAUAAUAGUAGCAAUAAUCAGUUAUCAAAAAAUAGUGAUGUUAAUAUUGUUCAAAAUCAUAAUGUCUUAAGUAAAAAUUUAAACACAGCUACAGCUUCGACAUCAACAAAUAUUGAUAAUGUAAAUAAUGUGAUUGCAAAAUCUUCGUCAACAUCAAGUCAUAAUAGUAAUAAUAAUGAUAAUUUAAAUGAUUUGAAUAAAAAUAGUAUAAUAAAUAUAAGCCAUAAUGCAAUAAAAAAUUUAAAUAAUGAUAUUAAUAAUAAAAGUGAAACCAAAAUUGGUGUUCUUAAUAAUUCUAAUAUUAAUGAUGAUAAAAUAAAUGCAAACGAACAAAAUGGAUCAUUUUUGUCAACGAAUACUACAACAACAACCGCACAUAAUAUAAUUCAAGAUCAACAACAUCGUCCUGUACAACGUACAUUCACAUCAACCGAAUGUCAAACUGAUGACAUUCCACUUGAUAAUAUUAUAUCAGCAGCAGCUGCCUCGACAAAUACAAAUACGACACAAGCAGUAACGACACCAUCUAGGAAAAAAAGUUCAGGAAAUCGGAAUAUUAAUGCUACGUCACAAAUACAAACACCAAUUUUUAAUAAUAUUGGUGUAAAUAACGGUAUUGGUAUUAAUCCUAACCAAACAGAUGCCUUAAUUGCACGUGAACAACGUCGACGUGAAAGACGUGAACGUCGUCGUAAUAAUCAUAUGCAUCAUCCGCCACCGCAUAUGUUACAACCACCACCAAAUCAUCCGCCGCCCCAUCCGCCUCCUAUGCAUUAUGGACCGCCGGGCGGUGGUGUUCCCGGUGGUAUUGGUCCGCCUGGUAAUCCAAAUUUAAUAAGACCUAUGUUACCUGAUAUAUUACAUAGUCAUUUUCCACCACCUUAUGGUGCUUUAUCAAUUCCUCCACCGCCACAUCAUCCAACAUCACCACCACCACCUCCACCUGGGCCUAUUAUGCCACCACAACCGCCACCACAUUUCAAUCCUGGUGGUCCACCUCCACCGCAAUCAAUGAUCACUACACCAAUAAUAUCGGCGGUUCCAAUGGCAGCUGCUUCAACUGUUGUUAACGAUGGAAGAUUUACUAUUCCAUUGCCCGUUAUUAGAAGGUAA